AAAAUUCUUUCCCAAAUAGAACUUGCUAAAAUUAGCUCACAGGGCAGACGAGAACGAUAACAGGUGUUCGCCGUCUGCGUCGCGAGGUCUCUGCUUGAUGCUUGCCUCCUCGUAACAACUCGGGCUCAGCGAAGGCAGGUCGAAGAAGAAUAUCAAUGGCGGAAGGAAAACAGCGCGAAGCAAGCUCUGUUGUUUCUGAACUUAUAGACUUUCUUAACGCUUCUCCCACGGCCUUCCAUGCAGUUGAUGAGGCGAAGAAGCGGUUGAAGAACGCAGGAUUCGAGCAAGUCUCAGAAAGAGAGGACUGGAAACUACAAGUCGGGAAGAAAUACUUCUUCACGAGGAAUCACUCCACCAUUGUUGCUUUUGCGAUCGGGAAAAAAUAUGUUGCUGGAAACGGAUUUCAUAUUGUUGGGGCACACACCGACAGUCCAUGUCUGAAACUCAAGCCCAUUUCAAAGAUAGCUAAAGGAGGAUAUUUGGAGGUCGGUGUCCAGACAUACGGAAGUGGGUUGUGGUAUACGUGGUUUGAUCGCGAUUUAACUGUUGCAGGCAGGCUGAUGAUAAGGAAAGGAAAGGGUGAUUCUGCGUCUUAUAUGCAUCAACUUGUAAGGAUUAACGAGCCUAUAAUGAGGAUUCCUACGUUGGCAAUUCACUUAGACAGAGGUGUUAAUGAUGAUGGAUUUAAAGUGAACACACACAAUCAUCUCAUUCCAGUAUUGGCGACAUCAAUUAAGGCUGAACUCAAUAAGGUGGUGGCGGAGAAUGGUUCAGUUGAAGAUGGAGCCCAAGGUGAUGUAAAAGAGAAGUGGAACAGUGAAAACAUGAAGCAUCAUUCACUUCUAUUAGAGCUGCUUGCAGCUCAGGCUGGAUGUGAACCAGAUGAAAUAUGUGAUUUUGAGUUACAAUUAUGUGAUACUCAACCAAGCACCACAGCUGGUUCUAUGAAAGAAUUCAUCUUUUCAGGAAGGCUUGACAACCUUUGCAUGUCGUUUUGCUCUUUAAAGCUUAUUGAGAAAGUAAUACAGCGGAGUUUCCUUGUUUCUGCUGACAUGGCACAUGCCCUACACCCCAAUUAUUUGCACAAACAUGAGGAAAAUCAUCAACCAAAGUUGCAUGGAGGGCUUGUCAUCAAACACAAUGCCAAUCAGCGUUAUGCAACCAAUGCUGUCACUUCCUUCAUAUUCCAAGAAAUUGCGCAGAGGCAUGAGCUUCCUAUUCAGGAUUUUGUGGUCCGCAAUGACAUGCCUUGUGGUUCAACCAUUGGUCCUAUAUUGGCAAGUGGUGUGGGAAUCCGCACAGUUGAUGUUGGGGCCCCACAAUUAUCAAUGCACAGCAUAAGAGAAAUGUGCGCCAUUGAUGAUGUGAGGUAUUCUUAUGAACAUUUCAAGGCUUAUUUUCAGGAGUUCACUCAGCUUGAUGCUAAAGUUUGCGUGGAUGUUUAACUCCUAGCUCUCAACCCUACCUUUGGGUGCUUUAGUACAAUUAAUCUGAAAACAGCUUACCUGUUUGCUUCUGGUGCUCUAAUCAGUUGUAAGGAUAAGCAUUAAGGUGAUUGAUUGUAUUUGAGGUAUUGAUUCCCAUACAUAUAAAUGAUUUGGGAAUAAUAAUGGAACUACUCUGGAAGAAACAAUCAACGGUAAUCUGUUACUUGAGAUGUAGGCUGAAUCUGGCAAGGCUUGUUAUAUGAUAUCAGCGGAAAUCACUGAUUGCUCAUGAAUUGUAGUGUUGUGAUAAUUGAUGUUGUUUGAUAUGUUGUCCUUUUUAA